AUGAAGCUAUGGGAGAAAGUGAUAAAGAUGAGACUUAGAAGGGUUACAAAGGUGGCAGAGAACCAAUUCGGUUUUAUGCCAGGUAGGUCGACAAUGGAGGCUAUUCACAUCACCAGAAGCCUUAUGGAGAAGUAUAGGGAAAAACAAAAAGCGCUACACUGUGCCUUCCUAGAUUUGGAAAAGGCAUACGAUAGUGUACCACGACAGCUGAUUUGGAGGAUGCUACAAGCAAAAGGAGUUACCGGGAGAUACAUUAGGGGUUCGGCACUUAGCCCAUACCUCUUUACGUUGAUCAUAGACGAACUGUCAAGGGGCCUACAGGAGGAACUACCGUGGUGUAUGAUUUUUGCCGAUUACAUUGCGCUGAUAGCGAGAUCGACGGAGGAACUAAACCAGAGGAUAGAGAAAUGGAGAGAAGCCCUUGAAGACCAUGGUUUGUGCGUGAGCCGAGAGAAGACAGAAUACCUUAGAUGUGACUUCGAUAACCAGGAGAUUAGACAAGAUGGGGAUGAGGUUAUUAGCAUUGGGGGCCGCAUAUUGUGUCUGAAGGAGUCUUUUAGAUACCUGGGAUCAGUGAUGCACAAAUCGGGGAAAUAG